ACACGUUUAACCCGGAGAGGGCGUGUUUAGGGGGCGUGGUUAGGUCACGUGUUGUAGGUGCGGUCCAGGUUUCCCUGUUCGUGUGAGCGCGUCUUGGACAGACUUGUUUGGGAAAGUGGACGACGAAGAUGGAUUUUGAUCUGUCCGCAGCUAUGAGUGAUGAGCCGGAGCUGAAGAAGGAGGAGGCUGAGAAGAACGAGUUUAGCUGGCCAUGGGGCAAGGAUAAGGAUAAGGACAAGGGAGACUCCAAGAGCAAGUCCGACAGUAAGGACAAGUCCGACAGUAAGGACAAGUCCGACAGUAAGGACAAGUCCGGCAGUAAGGACAAGUCCGGCAGUAAGGACAAGUCUGGCAGUAAGGACAAGUCCGGCAGUAAGGACAAGUCUGGCAGUAAGGACAAGUCCAGCAGCAAGAAGUCUGACAAAAAGUCAAAGGACGGUGAUGGCAAGAAGAAGGAAAAGAAGAAGUCAGAACACAAAGAUGGAGAUAAAACCUCGUCAUCCUCAUCUUCCUCCUCCAGCAGCGAUGAGGACUGACGCUUCCUUCGGGACCGGCCUGCUCUGUUAGAUUCUUGUGAUCCUGUCUAUCGACAAAGCCUGUGUGUGCGUGUGGUGUUGAUAUAGCAGUGGUGCAAAACUUCUCUUCCUGUCCUGACAUACUGGUCAAUGUGUAAACAAAUCUGCUGACUUGCUAGGGUAAAAGUAAAUGUUCUGACUACAAACAAAAUGACUGCAGGAUUGUUUUUUUCUUUCUUUUUUUUUUUUUUUGUUGGGUAAAGUGUGUUUUCUUCGCCACAAGAUGGCAGUGUUAUCUGUGUUUGUGUUGAGUCAGUUUGUGGUCGAAGUAGAGAAGGUCAAUAUUUAUACUUAAAGGAUACCAAAUAACAUAGACACUGUUAUUUUUGUUUGUCAGUGAUUUUCAUAAGUUGUGUGGACAUGACAGAAAUGGAUGCAUCUUCAGUUUCAAAAAAGAUGGAUUGAAUUAAUUCUGUAUGAUUUAGUCACUUGAUACGGGUCAAAUAAGUGUCAAAUUGCUCUUUUGGGCUGAAUCUGUUCCAAGUUUUAGAAAGCCCCAGGCUUCAGUGAAUAUUAAAUGGCUGCAGAAAGCCUCAUUUGA